CAGACUUAUUCCAAGUCCAAGUUGCAACUUACAAGACUACCCCCCACUUCAAACGAGCAAUCGUUAUUCACGAAUAAUAUUCUACGAUGGAAGAGGAAGUUGCUGCUCUGGUUAUCGAUAAUGGUUCCGGGAUGUGCAAGGCUGGCUUUGCUGGUGACGAUGCGCCCCGUGCUGUCUUUCCCUCUAUAGUUGGACGUCCGCGCCAUCAGGGAGUUAUGGUCGGAAUGGGACAGAAGGAUUCCUACGUUGGAGAUGAAGCACAGUCGAAACGUGGUAUUUUGACGUUGAAAUAUCCUAUAGAACACGGUAUCGUCACUAACUGGGACGACAUGGAAAAAAUUUGGCAUCACACUUUUUACAACGAACUUCGAGUUGCUCCAGAAGAACACCCUGUCCUGCUCACUGAAGCGCCUCUCAAUCCCAAAGCUAACAGAGAAAAAAUGACACAGAUUAUGUUCGAGACAUUCAACACCCCUGCGUUUUACGUAGCGAUCCAAGCGGUCUUGUCCCUUUACGCUUCCGGCCGUACGACUGGUAUCGUACUCGAUUCGGGUGACGGUGUUUCUCACACGGUCCCUAUUUAUGAGGGAUUUGCCCUUCCUCACGCCAUUCUUCGGCUCGAUCUUGCUGGUCGUGAUUUAACGGAUUUUCUGAUCAAGAAUCUUAUGGAGAGGGGAUACCCAUUCACCACAACUGCCGAGCGAGAGAUCGUUCGUGACAUUAAAGAGAAGCUGUGCUAUGUUGCUCUUGAUUUUGAACAGGAAAUGCAGACGGCUGCCCAAUCGUCUGCACUCGAGAAGAGCUACGAGCUCCCUGAUGGUCAGGUCAUUACUAUUGGUAACGAACGUUUCCGCGCUCCCGAGGCUCUUUUCCAACCUGCAUUCCUUGGUUUGGAAGCUGCUGGUAUUCACGAGACAACCUAUAACUCCAUUUUUAAGUGUGAUCUUGAUAUCCGUCGUGAUCUGUAUGGCAACAUUGUACUCUCUGGCGGUACCACUAUGUUCCCCGGUAUUGCGGAGCGUAUGCAGAAAGAAUUGACUGCUCUCUCGCCGUCCAGCAUGAGGGUUAAAAUUGUUGCCCCUCCGGAACGUAAAUAUUCUGUCUGGAUCGGCGGAUCCAUUCUGGCUUCAUUGUCGACAUUCCAAAACUUGUGGUGUUCGAAACAAGAAUACGACGAAUCAGGACCGGGAAUUGUUCACCGAAAAUGUUUCUAGUCAGUCUAGAGAGUAUUCGUAUAAAACGUGUUUGUUGUUGCGUUGUGGGAUGGAUUAUUUGUUAUCUCUGCUCUGCAUAAUAUAUACAAAUGUUCUCGUCGUGAUUCUCGGCG